GACGCCGUCGCACGAAACCUGUUAACUUCACAGAAAAAGAAGACUAGGAGCAACCAGGUGGGAGGGGGACAAAGAUGGCGGGUCAACUGAAAAACCCUAAAAAACAGUUUCAGCUAAACCCCAACUGGGCUCAGCUCCGUGAACAAUUAAAGAGUAAUGGCUUCAAAAAGCCUUCAGAAGCAUCAGAAACAGAAACCCCUAAUUCCAUAUUAGGAAAGCGGAAAAACAGGUCCAGUGAUGACUCUGGCGAUGCUCGGCCUAAUCCUCUUAUUCCAACUUCAUCAGAUUCAAGUGUUACAGAUGUGAUAGCAAUGGAUUGUGAAAUGGUUGGUGUAAGCUCUAACAAAAGUGCUCUUGGGCGAGUCACACUGGUCAACAAAUGGGGAAAUGUGAUAUAUGACGAAUUUGUCCGUCCAGUUGAACGUGUUGUUGACUUCCGCACCAACAUAAGUGGGAUUAGACCUCAGCACUUAAAAAAAGCGAAAGAUUUUCGCAUCGUUCAGAAGGAGGUAGCUGAACUAAUAAAGGGACGGAUUCUUGUCGGCCAUGCUCUGAGAAAUGAUUUUAAGGCCUUGUUAUUAAACCAUCCAAAGCAAGAUAUUCGUGAUACUUCUGAGUUUCAACAUUUUCUGAGUAGGGAAGGACGCAGUCGCGCGCUUCGGCACCUUGCCACUGAAGUCCUUGGAGUGGAGAUUCAAAACGGAGAGCACUGCCCAAUAGAAGAUGCCCGUGCUGCUAUGAUGCUUUACCUAAAGCGCAGGAAGGAAUGGGAAAAGAGCGCCAAGGACUUUGUAAGACUCAAGGAGAAACAGAAAAAGCGCAAACCAAAGAAAAAAACAGGCGUAUUGAGAAGACCUGCAUCUGAAUAAUGCUGAAAAUUCUUCCUAAUGAGAUGAUCACUCAAAUUUAUCUAUUUGCUCGUUACAUGCGUCAAAUUACUGACUAGGGGGGAGCGAGAGACCUGACUAAAACAUGGUAGAGGAAUGUUGAAGGAUGGGAGGUGCCCUCUCUCACUAUUGUGGUCUGCCAAAUUUUGUGCUCGCUGGACCUUAUUUUAGUUUAAAGAAUCACGAUAUGGAUCCACCCAAGACUGGUUCUUCUAAUGAAAGAAGGAAAAUCGUCUCUUCUUUCGUGCUUUUUCACCGAUGAACUGCCAGUCUUUUGUGCUAGAUUCAUAUAGCCUAAGCUUCCAUGUUAGCGCUUUGCUUACCUCUUGUAGAAUUGAGCAGUCGUUUCAUAUGUACUAUCUUUUCGUUUUGGAAAAGAACGGGACUUCAUCAGAACUAAAAAUUGGAAACCAGGGCAAUUACGAAAA